UUUGUUAAGAGAUUCUUGGAUUGCCUGUCCGAUGAGUCAAUUUCAUUGUUGAUUCAUUUCCUUUUUGUCCUUCUGUCUGAGAUACUCAUUAAUAGUGUGGGUUCCUAUGCCACAGAAGGGAUCAGAGAUGAUAGAAUUAAAUCAAUUAUCCUUCAGUUAAUGAUUUGGAAUAGAAAAGAUUAUUAAUUUGACUUUUUGUUGAAAUGUAUCGAUUCACAAAACUAUUGAAAUGUAAUGUCAAUUUAAUUGAAAACGUGUGUUCAACCAACCUGAUCAUGCCUAUCGCGUUGAAAUGUAGUGAAUCAAAAACAACAUAGUUCGGAAUUGGCCCAUGGAUUCUUUUAAAUUCAUGUUAAACAGAGACGGUGGAGUCCUGAUGACAUCCUUAAGCGCUGUCAACAUGAACAUUUCAACGUGUUAUGUUGAAAAACGGUGGAGCAUGAAACCGUUGAAACCUUUUCUCAAGCCUGGAAAAAUUGUUAUCCAGGAUUCCAGGCUGUUUUCAACACAGUCUAACAGAAUGUCAAAUCUGCUUACAAUUUACGAUCCUGAUUCAGAAGACCCUGAAAUAAGGAGAAAGAGCGAGCUUUUGAAAAGGAUCUGGUCUCGUUAUUGUAUCGUAUACGAUCCUCUUAAAGCUGGAAGCAUCGACGGUACAGAUUCCCAACCGCAUGACAGGGCGAUAACCCGCGCGCAGAAAGCUGACUACAAGCCGAACUCCAAAGUCAAGGGUAAACCCGAGAACACGAUUUUCGUAUCGGGCCUUUCUCGUAAAACCACCGAACAGGAUGUCAAAGAGGAGUUUUCCAGGUUCGGGGAAGUAGUUCGAUGCCGACUAGUACAGGACAUCGUAACAGGACGGUCGCGUGGAUACGCCUUCGUCGAGUACGCGAGGGAAAAGGAUGCGUUGAACGCUUUCCAAAGAGGGUUCAAAAUGCGCCUCGAUGGCUCGCAACUCUUUGUAGACAUGGAGUGCGAACGUCUUUUGCCCGGCUGGGUCCCGAGGAGAUUAGGAGGAGGUUUUAACGGAAGGAAGGAAUCUGGCCAGCUGAGGUUUGGUGGAAGGCUGAGAGCUUUUAAAAAGCCCCUGCACCUCUUGACAGAACAAGAACUUUUGGGCCAAUUUGGAACAAAGCUUAAUAAAGGAGAAUCAAACAAAACCCCUUGAUUACAAGAAUGUAUAAAUUUGUAAAUUUUCUGUAAAUAUGAUUUAACUUAAA